GUACCUUCUUUUCUCUUUUUCCAAUUGAUGCCCAUUGGCCAUGACUAGCGAAUAUGAACCAACGACUGCCGAUAGCCUGAGCUCUUCCGAGGCUAUAUUUGAGGAUAGCGGAAGUGACGGAGCACAAGAUCUCUCUGAUGUCACAGCAACUCCAGUCGCUCUUUCAAGAAGUAAUUCUUCCUCUUCAGUUUCAUAUAUUGACCUUUCAAAAUUAUUAUUACUUUCAGAUUUUGAUUUUGGUUUAGGUCUUGAUCAAGUUGGAGAUUCAACAAAAAAAAGAUUUAAUGAUAUGAAGAAACUUACAAAAGAUCAUAUUCUGAGAUUAAAAUUAGAAAGACCAUCAAGGUCCACUUUCCUUUCUGAUAGUAUUAAUCUCACCGUUGGGAAAAAUAAAGAACUUUCUAAAGCUCAGGAAGUAUUUAUCCAUAGAUUAUCUAAAUUUGAUCAAAGAAUCAAUGCUAAUCUUCAAUCUUCAGCAACUGAGAAAUUAUUCUAUGCGUUGGCUGUAUUUACAAUUGCAGUAUCAGGAUUCAUAAUUGGGAAAUAUCCAGAAUGGUUUCAUAUAUUCUAUACUGGACUUUUCUGUUUACUUAUGCCAAUUAGGUUCUACACAUAUUUCAAACAAUCAUUUCAAUAUUAUUUAGCGGAUUUAUGUUACUAUGUGAAUCUUUUACUUGUGUUAUUUAUUUGGUGGUUCCCAGCUUCUCCAACACUUUUCGUGUCAGUUUUCUCAUUAACUAUGGGUACAUUAUCAUUCGCAGUAAUUACUUGGAGAAAUUCAUUAGUAUUACAUCUGAUUGAAAAGACCACUUCAUCAUUUAUUCAUAUUAUGCCUCCAGUAACGAUGUUUGUCAUUGUUCAUGAACUUCCUGAAAGUCUCAUUAAACAAAGAUUCCCAGCAGUGGCAAGUAUUGAAAGUUGGGAUUUUGUAAAUGGAAUUCUUUGGACUUCAUUCUAUUAUACCAUUUGGCAAGUUACUUACCAUUACUUCAUUACAAUUAAGCGCAAAGAAAAAAUUGAAAAGGGAAGAGUUACAUCAUUUAGUUAUUUGAAAAAGAAGAAUGCUAACAAGGCAAUUGGUAGAUUUGUUAAUUCUUUACCCUAUAAUUGGAUGCAAAUUACUGCAUUUACCCUUAUUCAAUUUGGUUAUCAGAUUUUAACUAUGAUUUUUUGUCCAAUUUGGUUCAAAUAUAAACAUGCAUGUGGAGCCUUUAUGUGUUUUAUUUUUAUUUGGGCAUCUUAUAAUGGAGCAACUUAUUAUAUCGAUGUUUUCGGUAAAAGAUUAGAUAAAGAAGUUGAAAGAUUGAAACGUGAAAUUCUCGAAUUACAAGAAAAAAAAGGUAAAGUUGAAGAGAAAGAUUUAACGGAUAUUAAUAACGAUAAAUUAAACGUUGAGAAAGUGGCAGAAAUCGAUAAGGAUAAGGUCACAAAGGUUGAUUAAAUAAUGAAGAUCAUGAAAUUAUUGAAAACUGAUGAACUUUAGUUGAACAUGUUUUUUUUCUUUUGUUCUGGCGUUAAGCAUAGGUGUAAUUUUGGUCAAGAUUAUUUGGUAAAUACUACCUGGUCUUAGCUUAAGAUUAUCUUGAGUAUUUAGGUAAUAGUACGGACACAUACGAAA